AUGACAAUGGUGCCGAGGGACUGCCGCCUUUUCGAGUCAUGCGUACUAUUGUGGAGCGAUUUGGUGGUGUGGUCGGAGCACCUGCUGCUGAAGAAGCUUGUCAGAUGUGUGAAGGAGAAAGGCGUGCAGCUGUUAUGCCUUGCUGAACGUCACUCCGCCCAUGAAACACAACAGCUGUCUAGUGCAGCAAGAGCUCACAAGACUGAACUAUCACAAUCAUUACAGCAGCUAUCAGAACAAGCUAAAGCUAUGACUGAGUAUAUACAGCUUGUCAAAGGAUCAGGAGAUAAAAUUAAUGACUCGUGCGAGGAGCUGGAGAGGCAAAUAGACCAGGCGUGCGCCGAAGUGGCGCGUGCCAUCGACCGUCGCCGGGACGAGCUGGUCCGCGCCGCCAGGAACACGCGCUCCCAGGCGAUCGCAAACAUGCGCUCGUUGACCUCCCACGCCGCGCAGAAACUCCGAGAGGCGACCGCACUGCUGCACUUCUCCAUCGAAGCUUUGAAGGAGUCAGAUCACGCAGCCUUUUUGCAGGUCGGCAGCAUUUUGUCAGCGCGCGCCCAGGAGACGGCUUCGGGACUGUGCUCAUCCCUGGACCCGCCGCCCUCCCCCCCAGCUCUCACAUUGGACAUAGAGCCGGUCAUACGCACAGUGAGGACUAUGAACUUCGUCGAAUGCAUACCGCCGGGCGCGCCCGAAAUGGCGGUGGAGGCGUGCGCGGCGCGCGGCUGCUCGUGCACGCUCGCGUGGCGCGCACCGCCCCAGCCGGCCGCCGUGCGCGGAUACGUGCUCGAGCUGGACGACGGGCUCGGCGGGCCGUUCCGGGAGGUGUAUUGCGGCCGCGAAACGGUUUGCACUGUCGACGGUUUGCACUACGCGUCUCUAUACAGCGCUCGGGUGAAGGCGUUCAAUGGCGCUGGUGAGGGCCCCUACAGUGAGGUGAUCGGACUACAGACAUCGCCGGUUGCGUGGUUCGCGUGGGACGCGCGGUGCGCGGGCGCGGAGGGCGCGCUGACGCUGAGCGCGGACGGGCUUAGCGCGCGCGCCGCCGGCUGGCAGCCGCGCGUCGUGCUCGCCGACCAGCCGCUGGCGCGCGGUGUGCACUACUGGCGGUUGCGCGUCGACAGCUACGACGGCGACGCCGACCCGGCGUUCGGCAUCGCGCGCGCCGACGUCGCCAGGGACAAGAUGCUCGGCAGCGACGCGCUCGGCUGGGCGAUGUACAUCGACGGCUCGCGCUCGUGGUUCGUGCACGGGGGCGCGCACGGCGGCAGGGCGGCCGGCGGCAUCGCCAGCGGCCGCACCGUCGGCGUGCUGCUCGACCUCACGCGCGGCACGCUGCGCUUCGCCGUCGACGAGUGCGCGCAGGGCGACGUCGCGUUCACCGGCCUCCGUGGAGCCUUCUACCCAGCCGUGUCACUGAACCGCGGCGUGGCGGUCACGCUGGAGCCUGGACUGCAGCCGCCACCUGAACUGCUGCUGUCCACACUCGCCAUAGAG